AACGGCGUCACGCAAGCCGGAGCGAGUGGCAACGUCGAGCGCAGAGGCUGGCUGCGCAAAGUGAGCGGCGUAGAGUGCGAAAGCUGGCUCGCGAGCGGACGGGAGAAGCUUAAAGAGACAACGGCGAGAAAGAGAAGGGAGCGUGGGGAGUGCAGGCGGCGGAAUCCAAAAAGAAAAUAUUAACGAACGAGGAGCAGAAUGGGGAUUGGUGCGCAGCGGUGACCGACCGGAGAGGUUUCCUCCAAAGGGGAUUCCUUUCCUGGAUUGCUGCCUUGCUGCUUGCAGUGAUCAACUGUCGUAUACAAUGAAAGCGCUCUGCCAUACCAAAGACUGACUGGGGGGGGAUGGAGGCAACGAUGGGAGCAGCGAGGAGCUGCCAGGAGGUCCUUUGGUUGCAGUAGUUGCCAGUGGAAGGGAAAGGAUGGUGCCCUGAGCGACUGGAGGCAUACAAAUCAUUUUAAGGAAGAUUCAGGGGCAAGAAGAGGACCUUCCUCACGUCUCCUCUGCUGUUCACAACCGACUGGUGGCGUGUUUUUUUUUUUUUUUUUCUUUUUUUUUUUCCCUUAAUCACACUCACUCUGUCCUUCCCCUCACUUUCAGUGGAUUUGUAAUUUGCAUGGCAGUGGUGUAAUCGUGGAGAGGCCAGGGUAUCACAAGCUUAUGGAUUUUGAUAAGAAAGGGGGGAAGGGGGACGUGGAAGAGGGUAAAAGAAUGUCUAAGGUGCCUGGCGGAAGAACUGGACAUGCAGGCCGCAGUUCCAACUCGGGAGUUCUUAUGGUUGGACCCAACUUUCGGGUGGGCAAAAAAAUUGGCUGCGGAAAUUUUGGAGAGCUGCGUCUUGGGAAGAACCUGUACACCAAUGAGUAUGUGGCGAUCAAGUUGGAACCAAUAAAAUCGAGGGCCCCACAGCUGCAUCUGGAGUACAGGUUUUACAAACAGCUGGGAAACACAGAAGGGAUUCCCCAGGUUUACUACUUUGGUCCCUGUGGGAAAUACAAUGCCAUGGUCCUGGAGCUCCUGGGCCCCAGCUUGGAGGACCUCUUUGACCUCUGCGACAGGACUUUCUCCCUCAAGACUGUGCUCAUGAUCGCAAUUCAGUUGAUAACGCGGAUGGAGUACGUACAUACCAAAAGUUUGAUCUACAGAGAUGUCAAGCCAGAAAAUUUCUUGGUGGGACGGCCAGGAAGCAAAAGGCAGCACACAAUCCACAUCAUUGACUUCGGACUCGCCAAAGAAUACAUUGACCCCGAGACCAAAAAACACAUCCCAUACCGGGAGCACAAAAGCUUGACGGGCACAGCGAGAUACAUGAGCAUUAACACUCACUUGGGAAAAGAACAAAGCCGAAGAGAUGACUUGGAAGCAUUAGGACACAUGUUUAUGUAUUUCCUUCGUGGUAGCCUCCCUUGGCAAGGUUUAAAGGCUGACACAUUGAAAGAGAGAUAUCAGAAGAUUGGGGAUACUAAACGAGCGACGCCAGUCGAAGUUCUAUGUGAGAACUUUCCUGAAGAGAUGGCUAUAUACUUGCGAUAUGUGAGGAGGCUGGACUUCUUCGAAAAACCCGAUUAUGACUACUUAAGGAAACUGUUCACCGACCUUUUUGACAAGAAUGGAUUUGUGUUUGACUACGAGUAUGACUGGGUGGGCAAGCCUCUACCUACCCCAAUUGGUCCCAUGCCCCCAGAAGUACCUCUUCCACCGAACAAGGACAAAGCACAACAGCCAACCAAAAACCAGUCGCCAGAACUCAAAGGAACGUGGGAGUCGCAGCCCACUCCGGUGACCAGCAGGGAGCUACUGGGGUCUCAUCUUACAGUCGAUAGGCUUGGGGGCUCAGUGCAGGUAAUGAGCUCGACUAAUGGGGAGCUGAACACCGAUGACCCAACAGCCGGACACUCCAACGCUCCAAUCACGGCUCCCGCCGAGGUGGAAGUCGCGGAUGAUACAAAGUGCUGCUGUUUCUUUAACCGGCGGAAGAGGAAAGCUCUUCAGCGUCACAAAUGAAAUGAGGAACUGAGGGAGGCCCUGACAUUGCUAUCACUGUAAAGUUUUAAAAAGAAACGAAGAGGAGAAUAUAUAUACAUAUAGAUAUAUAUAUAUAUAUUUUGAAGAAGCAUCUGACCUGUGCACAAGGACUGACUCCCCUAACAAUAGGUGGGGUAAAGAGACUUCUUGAUUUUUUUCUUUCUUUCUUUUGUUUUUUUUUUCUUUCUUUUUUUUAAGAAAAAUCCAAAUCUGUCCGCAGACUGAGUUUCCUUCAUCAUCGUAGCCACAAGAUGCAUUAACUGUACACCUUGAUUUGAGGCAAACAAACAAAUGACACAUUAAGAAGAUUUAUUUCGAUGAACAGGUUCUUAUUACCGCGGGAUCAAUGAAUGGAAAUGACUAGAAACCCCCCACCCAAUGAAACCCACCCACCCAUGAACGACACCCGAAAGCGGAUUGACUACGGAAUUUGUUUGAGUUGAUCUUCAUUCUUGUCUUUUAAUAAUUUAAGUUGUGCUCGCCUUCUUUUUGGAGCUCAGAUCGUUGACACCUCCGCCCUUAAGUGUAGUGUUCUGCCAUCUCUCUGUCUCGCUCAACUUGAUUGUGGACUUUUUAGCAUUGCAGUCACUGGCCUCAGGUACUGUUGAAGAACAAAAACAAAAAGAA